GGGGUUUUCUUCUUUCCUUGGGGUUGAAGCCAGCCAGCUUAGAAAGCAGAAGAAAAAGAGAUAAAGCACAGAGAGAUUCUUUAUUAUUUUUUUCUAAUCAGAGAGGGUAAAAUUUUUUCCUUUUGUUUUUUCCCCAACUUUGUUAGUCAAUUGAGGGAGGCUGCCUCCUGCUUUUCUUCCUGCUUCUUUAGCUCCACUCUCUUCAUCAUCAUCAUCAUCAUCAUCCUGAUUUUGGGAUUUUGGUUGGGUUCCCCUUUUGGGUUUAUUUGUUCAAGGUCUGUUUCAGGGUCAGUAAAGGUAGUUUUCUUUGAGUUAGAGUGUGGUUUUGGGGAGUAGAGACUUGUGGGUAUUUUUGUUGGGGGGUUUCUGGAGUUGGGUUUUGGUUUUUAGAGUGAGGAAGAGCGAGGAGAGAGAGAGAGAGAAAUGGCUGGAGGUGGAGCCCCGCAACCAAAGCAGGACGAGUUGCAGCCUCAUCCAGUGAAGGAUCAGCUUCCCAAUGUCUCCUACUGCAUCACUAGCCCUCCUCCAUGGCCGGAGGCCAUUCUCUUGGGUUUCCAGCAUUACCUUGUCAUGCUUGGGACAACAGUUAUCAUUCCUACUGCACUUGUUCCUCAGAUGGGCGGAGGCAAUGAUGAGAAAGCUCGAGUAGUUCAAACCUUGCUCUUCGUUGCUGGUUUGAACACACUAUUCCAAACUUUCUUUGGAACUCGAUUACCUGCUGUGAUUGGAGGAUCUUACACUUUUGUCGUUCCUACGAUCUCGAUCAUCUUGGCUGGUCGCUAUAGUGAUAUAGCUGAUCCUCAUGAGAAAUUCGUACGUAUAAUGCGAGGAACACAGGGUGCUCUAAUUGUAGCUUCAACACUUCAGAUUAUCGUAGGAUUCAGUGGCCUUUGGCGUAAUGUCACUAGAUUCCUGAGUCCACUAUCAGCAGUUCCUUUAGUUGCCUUAUCCGGAUUUGGCCUCUAUGAGUUAGGCUUUCCCGGUGUUGCCAAGUGUAUCGAGAUUGGGCUUCCACAGAUAAUUCUGUUGAUAAUCUUUUCCCAGUAUAUACCCCAUUUAAUACAUGCAGAGAAACCUGUAUUCGACCGGUUUGCUGUAAUAUUCUCAGUGGCAAUUGUGUGGCUCUAUGCUUACUUGCUUACAGUUGGCGGUGCAUAUAAGCAUGCAGCAGCAAAAACUCAAUUGCAUUGUCGUACUGAUCGUUCUGGGCUUGUUGGUGGAGCUCCCUGGAUUAGAGUUCCAUAUCCUUUUCAAUGGGGAGCCCCCACAUUUGAUGCGGGUGAAGCUUUUGCAAUGAUGGCUGCUGCAUUUGUUGGUCUUGUAGAGUCCACUGGUACUUUCAUUGCUGUUUCAAGAUAUGCAAGUGCCACACCAUUGCCUCCAUCAAUUCUUAGUCGCGGCAUUGGCUGGCAGGGGAUUGGUAUCUUGCUGGAUGGAUUAUUUGGAACGGCAAGCGGAUCCACUGUAUCUGUUGAAAAUGCAGGUUUACUAGCUCUUACACGUGUAGGAAGCCGAAGAGUUGUCCAAAUUUCUGCAGGAUUUAUGAUUUUCUUUUCUAUUUUGGGUAAAUUCGGGGCAGUUUUCGCAUCCAUUCCUGCGCCUAUCAUUGCAGCUCUUUAUUGUCUUUUCUUUGCAUAUGUGGGCUCUGUUGGUCUAAGUUUCCUACAAUUCUGCAACCUAAAUAGCUUCAGAACAAAGUUCAUCCUAGGGUUUUCAAUUUUCAUGGGCUUGUCAGUUCCCCAGUACUUCAACGAAUACACUGCAGUUGCAGGUUAUGGCCCAGUUCACACAGGUGCACGAUGGUUCAAUGACAUCAUCAAUGUCAUAUUCUCAUCUGAGCCAUUCGUUGCGGGCUUUGUUGCUUUCUUUCUUGACAACACUCUCCAUAGGCAUGACAAUGCAACAAGGAAAGAUAGGGGUUAUCACUGGUGGGAUAAAUUUCGAUCUUUCAAGACUGACACAAGGAGUGAGGAGUUCUACUCUUUGCCUUUUAACCUCAAUAAAUUCUUCCCUUCAGUGUGA